ACCUUAUAGAUUGGGGCAUGCUGAGAAAACAAGAGGAUAACAUGGUUGUCAUGGGAGGAAUAAUUUUGAGUAUAACUGGUCAUUACCGACGUGAAUUGAAUGCGACUGCAAGGCUUGGAUUGGCUAAUGUGUUUGAAGAUGAAAAUUGGAAAGGUCUUGGAAUGCUUGCACAUACGGAUCGUAUGAUAAAAUCACCAUCCAGUCAUAAGACCUGGGAGAAAGUUUCCACACUUCUGAUGGAUGGCCAUUGCAUCGAUAGGGAAGUACCUGUAACAUGCUUUCAACGCAUGGAGACUCUCCAAGUUCUCAUGUUAAUCAAGCCUAGGUUCACAUCUCUGCCAGUAUCCUCAGUUGACAUAAAGAAACUUUCCAUUCUUGUGCUCAGAUUCUGUGAUCGCUUGGAGAAGAUUGAUCCUAUCCAAGAAUUUCAAAGCUUAAGUGUUCUUGAAAUAUCUGGUGCUACUUCGUUGAAGAUGAUCCCUGAUAACUUUUUUGAAACGAUGAGUAACCUUCGAAGCCUUAACCUUUCUGAAGCCAAUGUCAAAUCACUACCUAGUUCUCUUUUCAACAGAAGUGAACUACGGUGGCUCAUUCUUAGAGGAUGUUCUCAAUUGAAAACACUUCCAAGCUUAAAAUCCUUGGGAAAGCUCAAGGUGCUUGAUCUUUCUGGUGCUACCUCUUUCAGUAGAUUCCGAGACAAAACCUUUGCAGCUCUUCAGAAGCUUCAUACACUUAAUCUUUCUAAUUCCCAAAUUACUCGCUUACCUUUUCUUCAUGGUAAUGAUGAGCUUAAUCAGCUCCUAUUAGGUGGCUGUGCAAGUUUAAACAGACUUCCAACCUUGAACACAAUACCUCAGCUUCAAAUUCUUGAUCUUUCUGGUGCUACAGGCUUAAAAGAAAUACAGUUCGAACCUUUGGAUAGCCUUAAGGCCCUUGAUUUAUCUGGAACUCAUAUUAAAAGGCAACCUUCCAGUUUCAGCCACCUUUCUGAUCUCUCCUUACGGGAGUGUCGUGAGCUUGUAAAACUUCCACUCACAAAAGAAAUCAAAUAUCUUGAAUCACUUGACCUUUCUGGUUCUAGCACCAUGGUUGAAAUUGAAGACAAAUUCUUCCAGCAAAUGAGGUUUCUUCGAGUUCUCAACUUUUCAACAGUUAAGAUAAAAGAACUACCUUCCCUGUCCAACCUAGCUAACCUCUGUCGACUUUUGCUAAUGGAUUGUUCAUGUUUAGAAAAGCUUCCAGAGAUGGAAGGACUUAAAAGGCUCCAAGAGCUUAAUCUUUCUGGUUGUGUGGCAUUGGUUGAUUUGCCAAACCUGAACUCCCUUGAAAAACUGGAGAUUCUUGAUAUUUCAGGCUGCAGGGUUUUGAAACAAAUACAAGAGGAAUCCUUUCAAAAGAUGUUCCAUAUUCGGAUACUCAACCUCUCAGACACUAUGAUUGAGUUCCUUCCAUCCAUUUGCAAACCCAGCAACCUCUGUCACCUCAUCCUCAGAAAUUGCAAAAACUUAAAAAAGCUUCCACCUCUUGAGCAUUUGUCAAAACUUGAGGAACUGAAUCUGUGUGGUGCCAGUUCUUUAGUUGACUUUACAUCUGAAUUCCUGGAGCAUAUAGUCCACCUUCAAAUUGUUGACUUAUCUGAAAUCCCACUGACAACGGUACCAUCCAUAUCCAAAUUCAUCAAACUCAGACAGUUCUCAGUAAAGGGUUGUUCAUCCUUAAAUGAAGUGCUACAUCUUGAAAAACUAACACUUCUUGAGAUUCUUGAUCUUUCUGGAACAGCAGUUCCGAGUCUGCCUCCCCUAUACACUUUUAGCAAACUCCACCAGCUCUUGCUAAAAGAUUGUUCACAGAUAAAAGAGUUGCAGUUUCUAGAGUCGCUUAGUAGGCUGGAGGUUCUUGAUCUGUCAGGAACCAGAAUGAAGCAAUUUCCUUAUGAGAUAUCAGAGCUUACUCAUUUAAAGCAGCUUUAUCUGCCAGACUUGAGGGGAAUGUCUGAUCUUGACUUGGGAAAGAUAAAGCGUUUGCCACAAGAGGUCAACUGGGAUGAAUGUGGCAUCUUUGAAUGUGCUGAUAUUUACGUAGGCAGUGACAAGCCUUCCCUAUCUGUAAGUGGCUUUGAAAUUUUUCACAUUUUGGACAAACAUCCAAAGUUCCGGGAAGAAAAGUUCAAAAAAUUUCAUUUCCAUGUAAAGAAGAAGGAAGGUGAAGAUGGAGGUAUCAAGUACUGCAAAGAUGAAUUUAUCUUCAGAGAUGUGUACUUCCACACUAGACAUUUUUAUCCUAAAGAGCACGACAGGUCUUUGGAAAUCUAUGGAUCAUAUAGUCUCCCUAAGGGUUUUGAAAGUGUCCUCAAGUGUGCCGAAUCCUUAUCUUUGGUUGACAAUGACCUUAUACAUAGCCUAUCUGAUUUAGGUUCUGAUAAUGUGAGGACAAUGAAAGGCUGUUGGUUAGAGAGGUGUAGUAAAGUACAUAACAUUCUUUCUAAUGAAGAGGCAGGUGUCACACUGGGCAGAAGUUUAGAGACUCUAUGGAUUUCAAACCUUCCAAUUUUGAGCAGUCUAUACAACGGGAGUGUGCAAUCAGCUGUGGUCUUUCAGAACCUUAAACAAUUGUAUCUGGAUUGUUGUCCAGGCAUCAUAAAUGUCUUUCCAUCCUCCCAGCUGCCAGAAAACCUGGAAAAUCUACAUGUUCAGUUUUGUGAUAAGUUGCAAACUUUGUUUGAAUGUGAUUCACAAUCUAGUUGUGCAAUGCAAAGGUUGAGGAAAUUGUAUCUACUGGAACUACCGGAGUUGUGGAGGAUUGGGAUAAAAUUGCCAGCUGAACUGACUUUUGUGGUCAUCGAAUGCCCCAAGUUGCUGAAGCUGCAGUUGGAUGUGACUGACCAGAUCUCCAAGUAAUCCUCAAUCUUGGGUCAAGAAUGAAUGCAGAACUGUUAUCUUUGGAACUUAUGCUUUGUAACGCAAUUCUGACAUAAAAUAGUUUGCAAGCUUUAAACCAUUGCAAAAUCUGAGUGAGUAUUCUAGUGCUUUUGGGAUGUUCACUUUGAAGUUUUCCAUAGAGAUCAAGCUCAGAACUGUGAUCAACAGUGGAUGAUUUGACAAGUUCAUCUAGAAGUCUUUUUUAUGGCCAUUAAGGGUUGAGAGUUAUAAUUAAGUUAUUGUAAAUUCAUGUUCAUGUUUGUAAUUUAAUUUGAUUCUUAAAUUGUCGCCUGUUUGUUCCAAGGGCUUGCUACUAUAAUAUUGGUGUAUGCAUU